AUGGCGGCGGUAGCGGCAGUGGCGGCGCGUAGGAGGCGGUCUUGGACAGGUUUGGUACUCGCUUGUUUAGGUGUCUGUCUGGGAGUUACCCUUGCUGUGGAUAGAAGCAACUUUAAGACCUGUGAAGAGAGUUCCUUCUGCAAGAGGCAACGGAGCAUACGGCCAGGCCUCUCUCCGUACCGAGCCUUGCUGGAUUCUCUGCAACUUGGUCCUGAUGCCCUCACAGUCCAUCUGAUCAACGAGGUCACCAAGGUGUUGCUGGUGCUGGAGCUCCAAGGGCUUCAAAAGAACAUGACUCGGAUCAGGAUUGAUGAACUGGAGCCCCGGCGGCCCCGAUACCGGGUGCCAGAUGUGUUGGUGGCUGAUCCCCCUACAGCUCGGCUUUCUGUCUCUGGCCGUGAUGACAACAGCGUGGAGCUUACUGUGGCUGAGGGACCCUAUAAAAUCAUCUUGACGGCGCGGCCGUUCCGCCUUGACCUGCUAGAGGACCGCAGCCUUCUGCUCAGUGUCAAUGCCCGAGGACUCUUGGAUUUUGAGCACCAGAGGGCCCCCAGGGUCCCUUUCUCGGAUAAAGUUAGUGUCACGCUCGGUAGCAUUUGGGAUAAGAUCAAGAACCUUUUCUCUAGGCAAGGAUCAAAAGACCCAGCUGAGGGUGGUGGGGACCAGCCCGAGGAAACGCCUGGGGACGGUGACAAGCCAGAGGAGACCCAGGGGAAGGCAGAGAAAGAUGAGCCAGGAGCCUGGGAGGAGACAUUCAAAACCCACUCUGACAGCAAGCCAUAUGGCCCCACGUCUGUGGGUUUGGACUUCUCUCUGCCAGGCAUGGAGCAUGUGUAUGGGAUCCCUGAGCAUGCUGAAAACCUGCGGCUGAAGGUCACUGAGGGUGGGGAGCCGUAUCGCCUCUACAAUUUGGAUGUAUUCCAGUAUGAGCUCUACAACCCCAUGGCCUUGUAUGGGUCUGUGCCUGUGCUCCUGGCACACAGCCCUCAUCGAGACUUGGGCAUCUUCUGGCUCAAUGCCGCAGAGACCUGGGUUGACAUAUCUUCUAACACUGCAGGGAAGACCCUGUUUGGGAAGAUGCUAGACUACCUGCAGGGCUCUGGAGAGACCCCGCAGACAGAUGUCCGCUGGAUGUCAGAGAGUGGCAUCAUUGAUGUCUUCCUGCUGCUUGGGCCCUCUGUGUCUGAUGUGUUCCGGCAGUAUGCCAGCCUCACAGGGACCCAGGCAUUGCCCCCGCUCUUCUCCCUCGGCUACCACCAGAGCCGCUGGAACUAUCGGGAUGAGGCCGAUGUGCUGGAAGUCGAUCAGGGCUUCGAUGAUCACAACCUGCCCUGUGAUGUCAUUUGGCUGGACAUCGAGCAUGCUGAUGGCAAGCGGUACUUCACCUGGGAUCCCAGCCGUUUCCCCCAGCCCCUUACCAUGCUCGAACACUUGGCCUCCAAGAGGCGGAAGCUGGUGACCAUUGUGGACCCCCACAUCAAGGUGGACUCCGGCUACCGCGUACACGAAGAGUUGCAGAACCGGGGUCUGUAUGUUAAAACCCGGGAUGGCUCUGACUACGAGGGCUGGUGCUGGCCAGGUGCAGCUGGUUACCCUGACUUUACCAAUCCCACGAUGAGGGCCUGGUGGGCUAACAUGUUCAGCUUUGACAAUUAUGAGGGCUCAGCUCCCAACCUCUAUGUCUGGAAUGAUAUGAACGAACCAUCUGUGUUCAAUGGUCCUGAGGUUACCAUGCUCAAGGAUGCGCAACAUUAUGGGGGCUGGGAGCACCGAGACGUGCAUAACAUCUAUGGCUUCUAUGUGCACAUGGCGACUGCAGAGGGGCUUGUGCUGCGCUCUGGGGGCCUAGAGCGCCCCUUUGUCCUGAGCAGGGCUUUCUUCGCCGGCUCCCAGCGUUUCGGAGCUGUGUGGACAGGGGACAACACUGCUGAAUGGGACCAUUUGAAGAUCUCUAUCCCUAUGUGUCUCAGCUUGGGGCUGGUGGGACUUUCCUUCUGCGGAGCGGAUGUGGGCGGUUUCUUCAAAAAUCCAGAGCCAGAGCUCCUUGUGCGCUGGUACCAGAUGGGUGCCUACCAGCCAUUCUUCCGGGCACACGCACACUUGGACACCGGGCGGCGAGAGCCCUGGCUCUUACCUACUCAGUACCAUGACAUAAUCCGAGAUGCCUUGGGCCAGCGGUAUUCCUUGCUGCCCUUCUGGUACACUCUCUUCUAUCAGGCUCAUCGUGAAGGCAUUCCUGUCAUGAGGCCCCUGUGGGUGCAUUAUCCUCAGGAUGUGACCACCUUCAGUAUAGAUGAUCAGUUCCUGCUUGGGGAUGCGUUACUGGUUCACCCCGUAUCAGACUCCGGGGCUCAUGGCGUGCAGGUCUAUCUGCCUGGCCAAGGGGAGGUGUGGUAUGACACUCAGAGCUACCAGAAGCACUAUGGUCCCCAGACCCUGUACCUGCCUGUCACUCUAAGCAGUAUCCCCGUGUUCCAGCGUGGAGGGACCAUUAUCCCCCGAUGGAUGCGGGUGCGGCGCUCUUCCGACUGCAUGAAGGAUGACCCCAUCACUCUUUUCGUUGCUCUCAGUCCCCAGGGUACCGCCCAAGGAGAGCUGUUUCUAGAUGAUGGGCACACGUUCAACUAUCAGACUCGCCAUGAGUUCCUGCUACGUCGGUUCUCCUUCUCUGGCAACACCCUGGUCUCCAGCUCAGCAGACCCCAGAGGCCACUUUGAGACACCCAUCUGGAUUGAGCGGGUGGUGAUAAUAGGGGCCGGAAAGCCAGCAGCCGUGGUACUCCAGACAAAAGGAUCUCCCGAAAGCCGCCUGUCCUUCCAGCAUGACCCUGAGACCUCUGUGUUGAUCCUGCGCAAGCCUGGCAUCAACGUGGCAUCUGACUGGAGUGUUCACCUGCGAUAA